UCAGGCAGGGGACAGCGUCCCGCCUGUAGCCCGGCGCUUGGUCCAGGCUCGAUCCCCGCACCCACGCGCCGCCUAGCCUUGUAUUCUCUUCUUCUCUCCUCUCUUCCUCUCUCUCUCUCUCUCUCUCUCUCUCUCUCUCUCUCUCUCUCUCAAUCACUCGUUCACCUAGACCCUGGCCAGUCACCGGCGUCCCCUGCCUCGGUGUCCCCACCCUCUGUACCCUAAGCUGUACCCCUGCGGCUGGCGAGGGGCCGCGGACCUGGCUGGAGAUGCGAAUCCUGCAGAGCUUCCUCGCGUGCGUUCAGCUCUUGUGCCUGUGUCGCCUGGACUGGGCUUAUGGAUACUACAGACAACAGAGGAAACUUGUUGAAGAGAUUGGCUGGUCCUACACAGGAGCACUAAAUCAAAAAAAUUGGGGAAAGAAAUAUCCAAUGUGUAAUAGCCCGAAGCAGUCUCCUAUCAAUAUUGAUGAAGAUCUUACACAAGUGAAUGUGAAUCUUAAGAAACUGAAAUUUCAGGGUUGGGAAAAAGCGUCCUUGGAAAACACGUUCAUUCACAACACUGGGAAAACAGUGGAAAUAAAUCUCACCAAUGACUACUAUCUCAGUGGAGGACUUUCAGCAAAGGUCUUCAAGGCAAGCAAGAUAACUUUCCAUUGGGGAAAAUGCAAUGUGUCAUCUGAAGGAUCGGAACAUAGUUUAGAAGGACAGAAGUUCCCACUGGAGAUGCAAGUCUACUGCUUUGAUGCGGACAGAUUUUCCAGUUUUGAGGAAGCAGUUAAAGGAAAAGGAAGAUUAAGGGCUUUAUCCAUUUUAUUUGAGGUUGGAGUUGAAGAAAAUUUGGAUUACAAAGCCAUUAUUGAUGGAACUGAGAGUGUUAGUCGUUUUGGAAAGCAGGCUGCUUUAGAUCCAUUCGUCUUGCAGAACCUCCUGCCAAACAAUACUGACAAGUAUUACAUUUACAAUGGAUCAUUGACAUCCCCUCCCUGCACAGACACCGUAGAAUGGAUUGUUUUUAAGGAUACAGUUAGCAUCUCUGAAAGCCAGCUGGCUGUAUUUUGUGAAGUUCUCACAAUGCAACAGUCUGGGUAUGUCAUGUUGAUGGAUUACUUACAAAACAAUUUCCGAGAACAACAGUACAAGUUUUCCAGGCAGGUGUUUUCCUCAUAUACUGGAAAGGAAGAGAUCCACGAAGUAGUGUGUAGUUCAGAACCAGAAAAUGUGCAAGCUGACCCUGAGAAUUACACCAGCCUUCUGGUCACAUGGGAAAGACCUCGGGUUGUUUACGACUCGAUGAUUGAGAAGUUUGCAGUUCUUUACCAGCCACUGGAGGGAAAUGACCAAGCCAAGCAUGAGUUCUUAACAGAUGGCUAUCAGGACUUGGGUGCCAUUCUCAAUAAUUUACUACCUAACAUGAGUUACGUUCUUCAAAUAGUGGCCGUAUGCUCUAAUGGUUUAUAUGGAAAGUACAGUGACCAGCUGAUAGUGGACAUGCCCACUGAAGAUGCUGAACUUGACCUUUUUCCUGAAUUAAUUGGGACUGAAGAAAUAAUCAAGGAGGAAGAAUAUGGAAAAGACAAUGAAGAAGACACUGGCUUGAAUCCUGGUAGAGACAGUGCCACAAACCAAAUAAGGAAAAAGGAACCCCAGGUUUCUACCACGACUCACUAUAAUCACAUGGGGACUAAAUACAAUGAAGCCAAGACUAACCGAUCUCCAACAAGAGGAUCUGAAUUCUCCGGAAAGAGUGAUGUUCCCAACACUUCCCCGAAUUCUACUUCCCAACAUGUUGCUGAAUUCGAAACAGAAAGAGGAAUUUCCUUGCCUUCUCAGACUGGAACUAACCUGCCACCACACAGUGUGGAAGGCACUUCAGCCUCCUUAAACAGUGGCUCUAAAACUCUCUUUAUCUUCCCACAGAUGAACUUGUCUGGGACUGCAGAAUCCUUAAAUACGGUUUCCAUAACAGAGUACAAAGAGGUAUCUGCUGACAUCAGUGAGGAAGAAAACUUCCUGACUGAUUUCAAGCUCGAUACGGGAGCCGAUGACUCUUCAGGCUCCAGCCCCUCAACCUCCACUGUCCCCUUUUCCUCAGAUAAUCUAUCCCAUGGAUACAUAACUUCUUCAGACAUGCCUGAGGCUAUCACUUAUGAUGUCCUUAAGCCAGGAUCUACAAGAAAUGCCCCAGAGGAUUCAGCUCCAUCAGGUUCAGAGGAAUCACUGAAGGAUCCAUCUCUUGAAGGGAGUGUAUGGUUUCCUGGCUCCACAGACCUAACAACACAGUCUGAGACUGGAUCCGGCCGAGAGAGCUUUCUCCAGCUUAACUCCACAGACAUACAAAUUGAUGAAUCGAGGGAGACAACAGAGUCAUUUUCUCCAGAUGCUACCGUGUCACAGUAUCCUUCAGUCACAGACAUGGGAAUGCCACAUUAUUCUACCUUUGCCUACCUCCCAACCGAAGUGACACCACAGGCUUUCACUUCAUCCUCCAGACCACUUGAUUUGGCUCCUACUAUCAACAUCCUCCAUUCACAGACAACUCAACCAGUAUACAAUGGUGAGACACCUCUUCAACCUUCCUACAGUAGUGAAGUCUUUCCUCUAGCCACCCCUUUGUUGCUUGACAAUCAGACCCUCAACACUACCCCUGCUGCUUCAAGUAGUGAUUCGGCCUUGCAUGCUACGCCUGUAUUCCCCAGUGUUGGUGUGUCAUUUGAAUCCAUCCUGUCUUCCUAUGAUGAUGCACCUCUGCUCCCAUUUUCCUCUGCUUCCUUCAGUAGUGAAUUGUUUCGCCAUCUGCAUACGGUUUCUCAAACCCUUCCGCAAGUCACUUCAGCUGCUGAGAGGGAUGAGCUGUCUUUGCAUGCUUCUCUGCUGGUGGCUAGGGGUGAUUUGCUGUUAGAACCCAGCCUUGUUCAGUAUUCUGAUGUGGCGUCACAUCAGGCCGCUACUCGUGCUGCUUCGGACACAUUGGGAUUUGGUAGUGAGUCUGCUGUCUUUUAUAAAACGUCCAUGGUUUCUCAGAUUGAAUCACCCAGAAGUGAUGUUGUUAUGCAUGCAUACCCUUCGGGGCCUGAACCUUCUUAUGCCAUUGAGGGCUCCCACCACGUGCCCACUGUUUCUUACAGUUCUGCAAUACCUCUGCAUGGUUCUGUCGAUGUAUCUGAUCAGGGGUCCUUACUUAUCAAUCCUAGCCAUAUAUCAGUGCCUGAGUCCUCGUUUAUUACUCCAACUGCAUCAUUACUGCAGCCUCCUCCAGCCCUCUCUGGUGAUGGGGAAUGGUCUGGAGCCUCCUCUGAUAGUGAAUUGCUUUUACCUGACCCAGAUGGGCUGAGAACUCUUAACAUUUCCUCACCUGUUUCUGUAGCUGAAUUUACAUAUACGACAUCUGUGUUUGGUGAUGAUAUUAAGCCACUCUCUAAAAGUGAAAUGAUGUAUGGAAAUGAGACUGAACUGAAAAUGUCUUCUUUCAGUGACAUGGCAUACCCUUCUAAAAGCACAGUUGUGCCAAAGAUGUCAGAUGUUGUACAUAAGUGGAGUGAAUCUUUAAAAGAAACCUCUGUUUCUAUUUCUAGCAUGAAGAGUGUGUUUCCAGAGUCUCUUGUUUAUCCCACAACUAAGGUUUUUGAUCAGGGGGUUAGUCACGUUCCAGAAAUUAUCUUCCCAGUUCAACCUACACACACUGCAUCUCAAACAUCUGGGGACACUUGGCUUAAACCCGGGCUUAGCGCAGACUCAGAGGCAGCAUUCUCAGACGCUGCUUCUAGUGAAGGAGUACACCCUUCAACACAGCCCUUUUUCUAUGAGGCCGCAACUCCUUUUAAUACUGAAGCGUUGCUGCAACCUUCCUUUCAGGCUUCUGAUGUUGACACCUUGCUUAAAACUGCUCUCCCAUCUGUGCCUAGUGAUCCAGUACUGGCUGGAACUCCCCAGGCUGAACAAAGUAGCUCUUCCGUUUCUCAUCCCAUGUCAUCAGAGUCUGGUUCAAGCGAAAGCACGCUGCACUUUACAUCUGUACCUAUUCUCGAUAUAUCACCUUCUAAGGUGCACUCCACUCCACUUCAAGGCUUAACAGUUCCUCACUCAAGUAAGAAAUUUUCUGAACAAGGUUUGCUUAAGAGCAAAAGUCCCCAGCAAGUGCUGCCAUCUUUGUUCAGCAAUGACAAGUUUUUCCAAACUGCACAUCUGGAUGUUAGCCAGGCCUAUCUCCCAAAAGGGAGGCAUGCAUUUGCUACUCCUGUUUUAUCAAUUGAUGAACCACAAAAUACACUUAUAAACAAGCUUGUGUAUUCUGAGGAAAUUUUUACGAGCACUGAAAUUUCUAUUACUGAUAAGGUACUUACUGGUCUCCCAACGAUUGCUUCUGAUGUACUUUCAUCUACUGACCAUUCUGUUCCAUUAGGAAGUGGGUCCAUUUCCAUGACAAUGGUUUCUCCCAACAGAGAUGAUUCUGUGACCACAGCCAAGUUGCUUCUUCCUUCUACAGCUACUUCUAAGCUGACUCAGAGCGCCAGAUCUGAUGCCGAUUUAGUGGGAGGUGGUGAAGAUGGUGAUGACUAUGAUGAUGAUGACUAUGAUGACAUAGAUAGGGAUCGCUUUCCUGUGAAUAAGUGUAUGUCAUGCUUGCCCUAUAGAGAAUCCCGGGAAAAGGUAAUGAAUGACUCAGACACCCAGGAGAGCAGUCUUGUGGAUCAGAGUGACCCAAUUUCACCUUUGCUCUUUGAGAAUACAGAAGAAGAAAAUGGAGGCACAGGUGUAACUAGGGUGGAUAAGUCACCACCACCAAGUAUGCUACCCCAGAAUCACAAUGAUGGAAAAGAGGACAGUGACAUCCAAAUGGGUAGUGCUGUCCUUCCUCACACCCCAGGACCUAAAGCGUGGGCAGUUUUGACAAGUGAUGAAGAGAGUGGGUCAGGGCAAGGCACCUCAGAUAGCCUUAAUGAUAAUGAGACUUCCACAGAUUUCAGUUUUCCAGAUGUUAAUGCAAAGGAUACUGAUGGUGUCCUGGAAGCAGAUGACACAGGCAUAGCUCUGGGGUCUCCACGGUCCUCCACACCAUCUGUUACUAGUGGGCACUCAGGAGUAUCCAACAGUUCAGAGGCAGAGGCCAGUAAUAGUAGCCAUGAGUCUCGUAUUGGUCUAGCUGAGGGGUUGGAGUCUGAGAAGAAAGCGGUUAUACCCCUUGUGAUCGUGUCUGCCCUGACUUUUAUCUGUCUAGUGGUUCUUGUUGGUAUUCUCAUCUAUUGGAGAAAAUGCUUCCAGACUGCUCACUUUUAUUUAGAAGACAAUACAUCCCCUCGAGUAAUAUCUACACCACCAACACCCAUCUUUCCAAUUUCAGAUGAUAUUGGAGCGAUUCCAAUAAAGCAUUUUCCAAAGCACGUUGCAGACUUACAUGCAAGUAAUGGGUUCACUGAAGAAUUUGAGACACUGAAAGAGUUUUACCAGGAAGUGCAGAGCUGUACUGUUGACUUAGGUAUCACAGCAGACAGCUCCAAUCACCCAGACAACAAGCACAAGAACAGAUACGUCAAUAUCGUAGCCUAUGAUCACAGCAGGGUUAAGCUCACACAGCUUUCUGAGAAAGAUGGAAAACUGACUGAUUACAUCAAUGCCAAUUAUGUCGAUGGUUACAACAGACCAAAGGCUUACAUUGCUGCCCAGGGUCCACUGAAGUCCACAGCAGAAGACUUCUGGAGAAUGAUCUGGGAGCAUAAUGUGGAAGUCAUCGUCAUGAUCACAAACCUCGUGGAGAAAGGACGAAGAAAAUGUGACCAGUACUGGCCUACUGAUGGUAGUGAAGAAUAUGGGAGCUUCCUAGUCAACCAAAAGAGUGUCCAGGUGCUUGCUUAUUAUACUGUGAGGAAUUUCACCCUAAGAAACACAAAGUUAAAGAAGGGCUCUCAGAAAGGAAGAUCCAGUGGGCGCCUAGUCACACAGUAUCAUUACACCCAGUGGCCUGACAUGGGUGUUCCCGAGUACUCCCUGCCCGUGCUGGCUUUUGUGAGAAAGGCUGCCCAGGCCAAGCGCCAUGCAGUCGGGCCAGUUGUUGUCCACUGCAGUGCUGGCGUGGGGAGAACAGGGACAUACAUUGUGCUAGACAGUAUGCUGCAACAGAUUCAACAUGAAGGAACCGUCAACAUAUUUGGCUUCUUAAAGCACAUUCGUUCUCAAAGGAAUUAUUUGGUGCAAACAGAGGAGCAAUAUGUCUUCAUUCACGAUACACUGGUUGAGGCUAUACUCAGCAAGGAAACAGAGGUACCUGACAGCCACAUUCACUCCUAUGUUAAUACACUCCUCAUACCGGGACCAACAGGCAAGACAAAACUAGAGAAACAAUUCCAGCUUCUGAGUCAGUCAAAUAUUCUUCAGAGUGACUACUCUACAGCCCUGAAGCAGUGCAACAGGGAGAAAAACAGAACAUCCUCCAUCAUCCCUGUGGAAAGAUCAAGGGUGGGCAUUUCAUCCCUGAGUGGGGAAGGCACAGACUACAUCAAUGCAUCCUAUAUUAUGGUAAGUCAGAGACAUCGUGGGAGAAUCUACAAGCCCAUCUGUGUUACCAGAAUUAAUAAUGGUCAAAACAUGGCAGAGGAUGAGUUUGUCUACUGGCCAAAUAAAGAUGAGCCCAUAAAUUGCGAAAGCUUCAAAGUCACGCUUAUGUCUGAAGAACACAAAUGCCUUUCGAACGAGGAAAAACUGAUCGUUCAAGACUUCAUCUUGGAAGCAACACAGGAUGACUAUGUGCUGGAAGUAAGGCAUUUUCAGUGCCCCAAAUGGCCAAAUCCGGAUAGUCCCAUUAGUAAAACAUUUGAACUUAUAAGUAUUAUCAAAGAAGAAGCUGCUAACAGGGAUGGGCCCAUGAUUGUUCACGAUGAGCACGGGGGAGUAACAGCAGGAACUUUUUGUGCUCUUACAACCCUUAUGCACCAACUAGAAAAAGAAAACGCCAUGGAUGUUUACCAAGUAGCCAAGAUGAUCAAUUUGAUGAGGCCAGGAGUCUUCACUGACAUUGAGCAGUAUCAGUUUCUGUACAAAGUGGUCCUCAGCCUCGUCAGCACAAGGCAGGAAGAAAACCCAUCCACCUCUCUGGACAGUAAUGGUGCAGCUUUGCCUGGUGGAAAUAUAGCUGAAAGCCUGGAAUCUUUAGUCUAACGAAGAAAUGGUGUAGGACAUCCCUCAUCCAUGCAUUGUCUCUUUCUAAAAUUAGAAAAAAAAAUGAAUCCAGUUCUGUUAUUUGUUUACUUCUUGUGACCUGACAGUAACUAAUUCUGCUGCCAAAUUGACACAAUUAACAACGUGUGCCUUUUUGAAUGACUUCUUAUAAUUCACUUAUUAUGUUUGAACUAAAAUGAUUGAAUUUUACAGUGUUUCUAAGAAUUGAAUUGUGGUAUUUUUUUUCCAUAUUGACUUUAACAGAAAAAAAAUCAAUUUGUAGAUAAUAGGAAACACCAACCUUGGAAGAUAUUUGUUCUUAAGUGUCAAAUUUUUAGCUGUAUUUGUAGCAAUCAUCACAUUGGCUAGAAAUAUAACUUUUAAUAUAGUAGAUUGUAAGUAAACCACUUCAUCCCGAUAAUAGUCAACAUUUUACAACUGCAGUAUUCACCUGAAGUAGGAGUGAUAGUAACUUAUGUAAAUACUGCUCUGAUGUCUCCAUGGACCAAAUUUAUAUUUAUAAUUGUAGAUUUUUAUAUUUUACUACUGUGUGAGUUUUCUAGUGGUGUACUUGAGUUUAAAAUGUAGCUUACUCUCUGGUCUUACUUACUCUACAUGUCUUCUAAAACUGUAAAUGUGUUAUCCAAGAAACUAACCCUGUUUCUGCAUGUCAUUUUAACUUUUGUGAAAAUAGAAAACCACUUGUUUUAAAAGAUGUUUUUAUGAGAAUAACACCUCACCAAACAUUCCUUACAUGGUUUUUAUCUGAGAA